AUGGCGGAUUUGCUUCAGAAAAUUAGAAAUAGCGAUAGUUAUAAGGAAUUGUAUGAAAUUGCCACGAGAAUUCGAAAUCAGAAAUUGCUAACUGAUUCAGAGCAAGAAUCGCUUGAUAUUCAACGGCAAAAUGUUGCAGUUGAUGAGACACGUGUUCUCACUGAAGCCUGGCGUUGCUUCUAUUACAAAAACAUAUUACAACAACUAAAAAGUCAAUCGGACCCGUUGGAUCCGCAAAAUGUGUGUCGACUUAUCAAAAUAAUUAGCGAAACUGAAUCAGUGCCAGCUUAUAAGGCUUUUGGUCAUCAUUACUCCUCAAUAGAAGAUGUUCUUACAACUCUCUACCAUGAGCCUAACACGGUGGCAAAACUUAUGCAGAACUUUGAUGAAAAUGAUAUUCAUAACAAUGAUAGUAUAUCCAAUAUUUUCUAUCAGAUGGUUUACUCGUGCGGUUUGUUUCCGGAAGAUGAGCUACGACUUUCGCAGGCCGUGUGCCAAUUGCUAAAACUUCAACUUUCAUCGGCGAGAGGGCGAAUGCGACAAGUCAUUCGGAAGGAGACUGCGAUAUGUACCAGGUUUUAUCGGCUUUAUGUAGAAACAUCGCAUCCAACUAUGGUGUAUUUGACUGGUGCUCUACGAUCAUCAAUUAUCAAAGUCAUACAAACUGGAAAUUUUUGGUUGGAUAUUGAUGAGAAACAAUCUGCAAAUCGAUUCCUACGCGAUAACUUCCGUAAUAAAGAGAGAUUGCCAGAGUAUCGAGCUUUGGUGGUAUCACGACUUGUUGAAUUAGUUGAUUCUUUCUUAGAAGAAAUUCAUAAGUCGCUUGCCAUAUUACCGCCAUCACUCAACUGGAUCAUUCGCAAUAUAUUUGAAAGCCUUCGAGCUGAUAAUGACAAUGCUGAGCUCACACAUGCUUGCAAGGAUAUGUUUAUAUCCAACCUGAUAUGUUCUGCAAUUAUCAGCCCGCAAAAGUUUGGAAUUAUUGACAAUGAUGUUCGGAUUGGAGCUAUAGUGAGCCAUAACUUGGCGCAAAUUGCAAUGCUCAUUAAAGCGAUUCCAUUGCAAAACCUCGAGGAACCACCCUCCGAGUACAAAGAGUUCUUAACGGAAUGCCGGAAAACGAAUCUGGUAUCGGAAAUGAUGGAAACGAUGCUUAUGGAUAUCCCCGCUCCGGAAGUCGAAGUAAUUUCUGUAAUCACUAACGAAAGACUAUUGUCGGAUAAAAUGAAGAAAACAAUGUUUGUUGGAUCAAUUGGAGAAAUGAACGAAAUGAUAAAACUCGCACGGAUUGAAUCGAACAUGAGCGAUCCUUCUCUAUGGCACAUCCGGAAAAAGUUCAGUAAACUACCUGAAUCAUUCGCAUGUACCACUCAACAUCUUUCAAUGGGGAGCCCCGAGCAUCCAUCGAGGCUUAGCACACUGAAAAAUUUUCAAAAGAAAAUGUUGAGUGGAAUUAAAAGGAAUGACCCUCAUGAUAUUGAGGAGCGCAGAACUAUUGAAAAACUGGACUCGAUUAAUAUUGUGAGAGAGGAAUUUGAAAUUUUCUUGGCUGAAUAUCAUCCAGAGCUUUAUAAGGAAUUACCAUCUGAAGAGCCUAUUCAAGAUAAGCAUGAACCAACACCUGUUCCAGAUGAUGCCCCAGUUAGAGCUGCGGAAGAAAUUGCACCACAAGAUGAAAUUGUGAAAACUGAUGACGUAUCUUUUAGUGCAAAUGAAAUUCAACAACCCACCGAAAUUGAUACGAUUUCUGUGAAGGAUAAGAUGGAGAAUCGAUCGACGAGUGUGAGCGCCGAUCAUUCAACACAAGAAGACGGUCAAACUGAAGUUCGAGGUUUCGCAAAAUUAAAAAUUAUUGGAGAUCGUAUGAAAAAAGGUUUAACACAGUCAAACACACUUACCGAUAUACGUAGUCAUAUACGACGCAGCGCAUCAAUGGCUCGUCCGGAAACAACACUUUCUUCGAGCGCCAGUGAGCAAACCCUCACAUCGGCAAGUCCGAGAGACGAUAUUCUGGAGAAAUAUGCUUCGAAAGCAGCGCCAACAGUCAAACCUGAACACCAUUCUGGAAAUCUGAUUUCAUUUGAGUCGCCUAGAAUUGAAGAUAUUGAACCCUACUACUCUUCUGAAAAUCUUUUGAACUGCCGAGCGUUUAAAGACACUCUUCGUAAACUUGGAACAGUGCUAGGCAGCAUUUCCUAUCUUCCUCAUAUCAAUUGCAGAGUUCAUGGGUCCGAUGAUGAGAGAAUUGAUCAGAAAUACUUGCUUUAUCGAUUUCUUAGUGGCCUUCUUUGUGAAGCCGAACAUCGUCGGGAGAACGGUCUCGCCGCUCAGUUAUUGGAGGUCAAGCGAUGCAUCGAUCUAUUUUUGAACGACGAGGUUAAAAUACUCCUCGAGCAUUUGAAAUUGGAUGAAAUCUCGAAAGAAGAAAAGUUUGCCGAACUCAGAGAGCAGCGUAUUUUACUUAUGCGACAGGCUAAUGACAUUUCAUCUCUUGAACAAAAAGUGAUAUUAAACAAAAAGCUUAUUGAGCAAAAUUUGGUUGACAGCUUGAUGAGAAUCUUUUUGGAUAGCGGUUUUGUGCAAAAUAAAGCGCCGAAUACCCGGUCGGCAGAAGUUGAGACAGUUCUCAAAUUCUACGAUGAUUUCAAGCAUUGUCAUGUGCAAGAUGAAAGAGCCGAGCUUCUGAAACAGCUUCUUGAGCAUCUCCAGUCGCGAUUAUUGAAAAAUGCCGAUUGGAGUUACGCCUCGGAGCCAAUGAUUGAACGCGCAAUGAUUGCUAUAGAAAGAUAUGUGAUGUUUGGAAUAUAUGAAACCGCAUUCUACCCAAAUCUUGGUGCAGAUCAGCCACGUGACAAAGUUCUACAAGCCAGCAUUGCAACUUUGGCGCUUUCUGUUACUCCAAAUAGCGAUUUUUUGCGAAUUCCUCGACGUUUACAUGGCGAAGCUCCAUGGCCAUCUGCCCAGGCGGAGCUGUCAAUGCUUGAUAUUUAUGUGACGGCUCGCGACAAACUUAAAUGCAUUGUUCGAUGCUGCGAUGUGAUUAAUAACUUGAUAGCAUUGUCAUCGAAAAAUGCAGUGGCAUCUGCAGACGAUAUAACACCGGUGCUAGUGUUUGUAAUUAUAAAGGCCAAUCCUCGUGCAUUGCUUUCCAAUGUGCAGUUCGUUGAAGCGUUCGCUGGUGAAUGCAUUGAGUCUGGUCGAGACGCCUACUAUUGGACAAAUUUUAAAUCAGCCGUAGAAUAUAUUAAAACCAUAUUAUAG